UGCGGCCCGUGGGGCGGGGACCGGGCUGGCCCCGGAAGGAGGAGGAAAUCCUGAAAAGAAAACAGCAACAAGCGGAGCUGCUGUGACAGAAGGAAACAAAAUGGCGGUGCCGAAAGGGAGCCUCUGGGUCAGGGCCCAGCUGGGGCUCCCGCCGCUGCUGCUGCUGACCGUGGCCCUGGCCGGAGGCUCCGGGACCGCUUCGGCUGAAGCGUUUGACUCGGUCUUGGGUGAUACUGCGUCUUGCCACCGGGCCUGUCAAUUGACCUACCCCUUGCACACCUACCCCAAGGAAGAGGAGUUGUACGCAUGUCAGAGAGGUUGCAGGCUGUUUUCAAUUUGUCAGUUUGUGGAUGACGGAAUUGAUUUAAAUCGGACCAAGUUGGAAUGCGAAUCUGCAUGUACAGAAGCAUAUUCCCAAUCUGAUGAGCAGUAUGCUUGCCAUCUUGGUUGCCAGAGUCAGCUGCCAUUUGCUGAAUUGCGACAAGAACAACUCAUGUCCCUGAUGCCAAAAAUGCAUCUACUCUUCCCUCUAACUCUGGUAAGGUCAUUCUGGAGUGAUGUGAUGGACUCUGCACAGAGCUUCAUAACCUCUUCAUGGACUUUCUAUCUGCAAGCUGAUGAUGGAAAAUUAGUUAUAUUCCAGUCUAAGCCAGAAAUCCAGUAUGCACCACAGUUGGAGCAGGAGCCUACAAAUUUGAAAGACUCAUCUCUAAGCAAAAUGUCCUAUCUACAAAUAAGUUCACAAGCACGCAAGAACUAUCUUGAAGAUGGAGAAAGUGAUGGCUUUUUAAGAUGCCUCUCUCUUAACUCUGGGUGGAUUUUAACCACAACUCUCGUCCUCUCGGUGAUGGUAUUGCUCUGGAUUUGUUGUGCAACUGUUGCUACAGCUGUGGAGCAGUAUGUUCCCUCUGAGAAACUGAGUAUCUAUGGUGACUUGGAAUUUGUGAAUGAACAAAAGCUAAACAGAUAUCCAGCUUCUUCUCUUGUGGUUGUUAGAUCUCAAGCUGAAGAUCAUGAAGAAGCAGGGCCUCUGCCUGCAAAAGUGAAUCUUGCUCAUUCAGAAAUUUAAGUGUUUGGUUUUUUUUAAAGAAAAGUGUAAUAGCUAUCUAAAUAUUCAUUUCUCAUAGAGCUUUUAAAAUUGGUUUCAUUGGAUAUAGGGCUUAAAAAUCACUAUAAAAUGAAAAUAAAGUUACCCAAAUCUGUGAAGACUGUAUUUGCUAUAACGUGCUUGUACUUUUUAUCUAGUAAUUUAAUAAGAGAUGGAUAUUUGGGAUUGUAUUUUUAUUUUAAUAUCUGUAGCUACUUUAUUUACAUUGUUUUUGUUUUUUUUAGCCACAUUCUAUGAGCUGAUCAUUGUUUUUCCCCACUUCUCACCAUGAUACCGUCAAUCACUUUAGUUCAUAAGCUGAAUGCUCAGUAGGAUAUGAUGCUUCUGCUCAGCAAUGGCCCACAACCUGUAAUUUGAAAUUUAGCAGGAAAUGCCCUUACACUACUUUUUCAGUUGUAUUGAACUGAAAUCAUUAAAAUUUUAUUUGAAUAA